CGAGAUUUUAUAAAACCCAUUAGUGUGAAAUUAACAAUUGGCCUCAUUGCUACGGCACUACCCACCUUACACAAUGUCAUUGCACAAUGCCAACGAGAUGGAGGUGGAUAUCGCUCCUGGUCCAGUUCCAGAACCCGCCGAGGCGGUUGUUCUUCCUGCAGACGAAGAUGCUGCUGAAAGACAGCCCCUUCUUGACAAGCCUCCAGCUCCGCAAGAAGGCAGUAAAGAACUUUUGGGAUUAUCGUUUACGGCCCUAUCUGCACUUUUAUUCUCUCUCAUGUCCGUCCUCGUGAAACUUUCUGGCGCAUCUUUCCCAUUCCUGCAAAUUGUUCUCGUCCGCUCGGUAAUUCAAUUUGUUCUCGGUGCCAUUUCCUGCGUUUAUCUUGGUGUUGCCCCUUGGGGACCUCCUACGCUAAAUAGAGCAUGGCUCGUCGCACGAGGCACAGCUGGAGCAACGGGUUUGGGACUCUACUUUUUCACGAUUGUCAACAUGCCUCUGGGAGAUGGAAUGACAAUUUUCUUUACUGGCCCCGCAUUUACUGCGAUCUUGGCGCGUAUAGUCCUCGGCGAGCCACUGACUGGCCCCGAUAUCUUUGCGUCCGCAGCAUGUCUAUGUGGUGUCGCGCUUGUUUCUCGUCCCGAGAUCCUAUUUGGAUCUCCGGCCGAUACCCACCACUCUGCAACCGGCGAGACCCACACGUCAUGGGCAGCAUUGGCCGCGUUUGGUGGUGCGCUGAUGAGUGCUGUUGCCUACUGCCUUGUUCGCAAAAUUGGGGGGAGAUGUUCAUUUAUGGUGCAUGUCACGUAUUUCGGAGCCAUGUCGACAAUACUCUCCGGAAUAGGACUAGCCUUAUUUCAAGACGCUGUCCCUCUGGGAGAAUGGACUCGACUACAAUGGCUUGUUAUGCUUUCGGUUGGCUUGUCUGCAUUUGUGGCGCAAUGCUUCUUAAACGCGGGCUUACAACUGGCCAACGCCGGUCCAGCUACUCUCAUGCGAAACCUGGACAUUGUCUUUGCUUUCAUUUUUGGUCUCGUAUUCUUCCAUGAAGUUCCACAAGUUACUUCCGUUUUGGGGGCGUCUCUGAUUUUGGCAGCGACGGCGAGUGUUGCUGGACUCAAAUGGUGGAGAAGUCGGGCUUGAUACAUUAUACCUAUUUUAGUGAUUAGAAGAGGGGUUUUAUCAUAUUUUACGGUACAGGCGCUUUGGUUUCUUGUAGAUAUGCUAUAUCCUGUAGUGGGUGUGAGGUGCCAAUGAUUUUUGGCGUGCAAUGUACUUAUUUAUAUACUUCGACUGCUCAGAAGACAGUUGUUAUUUUCAGAAGAAAGUUCUAUGCAAAAUUAAGCAAGAUAUCUGCUACGGAGUUGACCCCUUAACUAGGCGUCCUUGAUGCUAAAGAGGAUCUUUACGCCCCUUUCUGUUUAAUACAUAGGUUUCGCAAUACGCCAACACAUUUCCC